GGAGGCUGUUGGUUGGGGCUGUCUCACAUCUGUUGUUGUUCUUACCCAACCCUGGCUGUGGCAGGACCCUACACUAUAAAAACCUCUGUAUGUACAGGAACAGCACAUCUAAGGCACCUCAGACUUUACAAGGUAUGUUCUGUAUGGGAAGGGAUAGGAAGGUUUUACAUGUACUCUGCUUGGGGUUUUCCUGGCAGAUCUUUUAUUUUGAUUUACUUAUGUUUUUACUAUCAAUUACUUUUUUUUUACUCACUUUUCAUCUUUUUGAUUCGUUUUCAACCUUUUUAGAUUGAAGCUGUAAUGGAGUGGGAUAUGGCUCUUUUAUGGACUAGAUGUGAUGUGCUGGUUGUGAUGUUGUGAUAUUCUCUCAUGACUCUGGGCUCUGUCUUCCACAGAUCCAUCAACAAGGCAACAUGCUGAGAAUCUGUGUGGCCCUCUGUGUUCUGGCAACAUGCUGGGCACAGGAUUGUCAGGUUUCAAACAUUCAGGUCAUGCAGAACUUCGACAGAAGCAGGGUAAGAACAAAAUUCUAAUUUCCGAAAUGUCACUUUCCAUAAAGUAUCUCUGCUCUUGUCCAAUUUGAUCUAUCAGCCUUGGAAUGUUCAAUGUAGAAUGGAACUGGAAUUUCAUGAAUUGUAUGUUAUGCAGAAAUUGAUAGAGCUCUCAUUUCAUCUUGCAGUAUACUGGUAGGUGGUAUGCUGUGGCCAAGAAAGAUCCUGUUGGUCUGUUCCUCCUGGACAAUAUCGUUGCUCAGUUCUCAGUAGAUGGAAGUGGCAAAAUGACUGCAACUGCCCAGGGAAGAGUUAUCAUUCUGAAGUGAGUUCUGUUUACUUCCAAACGAUCAAAAUUGUUUCUCAAACCUCCUAAAAUUUACCCUCCCUUUAUCCUCUCUUUAUCUUCCCCCUUUCCUCCCUUUAUCCUCCCCCUUUCCUCUCUUUAUCCUCCCCCUUUCCUCCCUUUAUCAUCCCCUUUCCCCCCUUUAUCCUCCCCCUUUCCUCUCUUUAUCCUCGUCCUUGCCUCCCUUUUUUCUCCCCCUUUCCUCCCUUUAUAAUCGCCUUUCCUCCCUUUAUCCUCCCCCUUUCCUCUCUUUAUCCUCCCCUUUCCUCCCUUUAUCCUCCUCCUUGCCUCCCUUUAUCCUCCCCCUUUCCUCUCUUUAUCAUCCCCUUUCCUCCCUUAAUCCUCCCCUUUCCUCCCUUUAUCCUCCUCCUUGCCUCCCUUUAUCCUCCCCCUUUCCUCCCUUUAUCAUCCUUUCCCCCCUUUAUCUCCCCUGUACUAUCUUGAUCCUCGUCUGCCUCCCUUUUUUCUCCCCCUUUUCAUCCCUUUAUAAUCGCCUUUCCCUCCUUUAUCCUCCCACUUCUCUUCUUAAUCCUCCCCUUCCUCCUUUAUCCUCCUCCCUUGCUCCCCUUUAUCCUCCCCCUUUCCUCUCUUUAUCCUCCCCUUUCCUCCCUUAAUCCUCCCCUUUCCUCUCUUUAUCCUCCCCUUUCCUCCCUUUAUCCUCUCUUUAUCCUCUCCCUUUCCUCCCUUUAUCCUCCCUUAUCCUCCCCUUUCCUCCCUUUAAUCUCUCUUUAUCCUCUCCUUUCCUCCUUUAUUCUCACCCUUUCCUCCCUUUAUCCUCCUUUCUCCUCCCUUCCUCCCGUUAUCCUCCCUUAACCUCCCCCUUUCCUCCCGUUAGUAUCCCUUUCCCUUUCCUCACUUUCUUCCCCCCCCCCCUUUCCUCCCUUUAUCCUCCCCCUUUCCUCCCCUUUUCCUCCCUUUAGCAACUGGGAAAUGUGUGCCAACAUGUUCGGCACCUUUGAGGACACUCCAGACCCUGCCAAGUUCAAGAUGAGAUACUGGGGCGCUGCUGCAUACCUCCAGUCUGGAAGUAAGAAAGACUACAGACGCCUCAACUGAAGACUAAAAUCUCCUAUUGUUGUACAGAAUGUUCCAUUGAGUUAUACCCAUUGAUGAUAACUUGACUAUUCCUCAUUUGUACAUAAUAGCAUGCCAUUGAUGAAGCUGCCUGCUGUCAAACCAACCAUUGCUAUUAUUCUGUCUCCUCUCUCCUCCACAUAGACGAUGACCACUGGGUCAUUGACACCGACUACGACAACUAUGCCAUCCACUACUCCUGCAGAGAGGUUGACCUGGACGGCACCUGCCUGGACGGAUACUCUUUCAUAUUUUCCCGUCACCCCAACGGCCUGAGGCCUGAGGACCAGAAGAUUGUCACCGACAAGAAAAAUGAGAUCUGCUUCCUCGGCAAAUACAGACGGGUUUCACACACUGGUAAGCUUUGUUAUAAGUCAAUUUAGUAAUUAAAAGUAAUACUUUAUUUUUGUGAAAAAACCAAUUGUGCAACUUCUGGUCUAACGUGUUUUAUUCCUCCAUUGCAGGUUUCUGUGAAAGCAGCUGAUCUGGAACUUGUCAGAGGGAUGGCGUGGGCGUAGAAUUCCACAUAUCAAUAAACUGUAAAUAUAAACCAAAAAAAACACCGUCACUGGCCAGCCUCUUCCAGCAGUUGGGGAACUUCGCCGUUACCAAAGCCACCAAUCAACCAAAGCAAAUGAUAUGUAUCUGAAUGUACAAGGAAGGAUAUAGCAAACUUUACUUAUUGACAUUGUAUGAUGUAGUC